AUGUCAUCCAAUUCAUUAGAACAAUUAAAAGCUACUGGUACUGUUAUUGUCACCGAUACCGGGGAAUUCGAACAAAUUGCUAAAUAUACUCCUCAAGAUGCCACCACUAAUCCUUCAUUAAUCUUGGCUGCUGCUAAAAACCCAGCUUAUGCUAAAGUUAUUGAUGUUGCCAUUGAUUACGCUAAAUCUAAAGGAUCCACCAAAGAAGAAAAAGCUAAUAUUGCUUUAGAUCGUUUAUUAGUUGAAUUUGGUAAAGAAAUUUUAUCGAUUGUUCCAGGUAGAGUUUCAACUGAAGUUGAUGCUAGAUUAUCAUUUGAUAAAGAAGCUACGGUUAAGAAAGCUCUUGAAUUAAUUGAAUUAUAUAAAUCAAUUGGAAUUUCAAAAGAUCGUGUUUUAAUUAAAAUUGCUUCCACUUGGGAAGGUAUUCAAGCUGCAAGAGAAUUAGAAUCAAAAUAUGAUAUUCAUGUUAAUUUAACUUUAUUAUUCUCUUUUGCUCAAGCUGUUGCUGCUGCUGAAGCUGGUGUUACUUUAAUUUCUCCAUUUGUUGGUAGAAUUUUAGAUUGGUAUAAAGCUUCAACUGGUGAAACUUAUACUGGUGAAACUGAUCCUGGUGUGAUUUCAGUUAGAGGUAUUUAUAAUUAUUAUAAGAAAUUUGGUUAUAAAACCAUUGUUAUGGGUGCUUCAUUUAGAAAUGUUGGAGAAAUUAAAGCUUUAGCAGGGGUUGAUUUCUUAACUGUGGCUCCUAAAUUAUUAGAAGAAUUAUAUAAUUCAAAUGAACCAGUUCCAAAAGUUUUAGAUCCAACUGAAGCUAAAUCUUCAUCAUUUGAAAAAGUCACUUUUGUUGAUGAUGAACCAGCUUUUAGAUUAGCUUUAAAUGAAGAUGCUAUGGCUACUGAAAAAUUAUCCCAAGGUAUUAGAGCUUUUGGUAAAGAUGCUGUAACUUUAUUAAAACAAUUAGAAGAAAGAUUUUAA